AUGUUCAUCAAUGCUCCUCGCCGAACCGCAGCCUACGACGUCCCCAGAGCUUGGAAAACAUUGAUCGAGGCCUCAUCACCCAGAGACCUUGUCAAGAAUAGGUUUUUAAAGGAAGCAAGGGCUCAAGUGAUAUUUGAAAUGAAGAGGGCCGGUCGCGUGGUGCCCAAGUUUUCUGCAGAUAAAAAAAUCGCAGUAAUCCGCAUCAACUCGAAAGCACAGAUUCAUGCUGUCAUUGCAACACGUCAAGCUCGUGAAUUGUUUUCAAGAGAACUCCAGGUUGUGAUGGUAGCGAAUGAAGGUUACGCGCGAGGCGUUGUCAAUUAUUCGUGUCGCGUUCCAACGUGUGCCAGGGGCAGAGAUCCUCCCGUCAACAUCCCAGAAAUUCUUGUUCAAGCAGCAGAUCGAGCAGACGACAAAACGCUGAGAGAGCGAUUGGGACCUAGGUUCGCUGUUGGUCACAAGAACGCAAGCGGCGGAAUGAUUCCCCAAGCCGAAUUCGAGGAAUUCUUGGAGGUCAUCGGAGUCGAAUCAGUCAAUAAAAAGCCAUCGCCAUCGCCUUCGCCGAAGAAAUCACCAAAGGGUUCUGCAAAUCAGGGUCAAUUCAACAAAAUGGAGAAAUACAGUACAGACGCAGCUAGGAACCCUUGUACCCAAUCAUUGGCGCCCCGUCCUGCCAAUUGA